AUGGGUUGGGCAGAAGACACGAAACUUCGCGAUCCUUACAUCUUUGUCAAGUCUGACGAUUUCUUCCAGGGUAUCGACGCAAGUGGAUCCAACGUCAAGCGACCCCGCACCGUCACCUUCAAUCAAGAUGAUCAACUUCUGAGCGACGGAAAACCCAACCCUGCGUGUUCCCACGGUCGCGUUUUUCGAUUUGACGAUGAAUCGCUUCUUUUGAUCCAGUUUAUGAGACCCAAGGUUUGGCAGAUUCGUUUCGACCCAAACAACCGAAGUGGCGAUGACUUUACCGACUUUAACACACGAACCAUUGUCAAAGACACUCUUGGUGGCUCUGGUGGUCUCAUCCAGACUCUUGAUAGUCUUGAGAACAUUCAAUGGGAUGUUGAACUCGUUCAAGAUGCGCAGUACAUCAUCCUUCAAUCUGUCCUGAAACCCAACCGUGAAGUACAACUUCAAAUCUGGAUCCAGCGAGACCCUUUCCAGAUUACCGUUGUCCGCGUCCUCGAAAGCAACCCCCCUGCAGAAAGACUUCCCGGUCUGCAGAGCGUCGAUCCCCAAAUUUCUGAACAGCUCAAGCUUCCGGGGAACAAGGGUGCACAGGCUGCCAUCAUUUGGAAGACUCGACCCAGGGGAUUGCGGUACACUGAACGAGCCACAAUACUGUCCAUUGAAAAGUCUGUCACUGCCGACUUUAUGGGUUUCGGUGAGCAAGGUGGAAAGAACCUGUUCAAGAAGAAGACAUACAUGAACUACUUUAACUUUGACAAUAUGAGGUACCAGAAUGUCUAUGGAAAAGGAUCUCAUGAUGACCGCGAACCUUUGUACCAUUCAGAGCCAUUCUGGAUCGAAGUUGACUCUCAUCCUGGGUAUCGAUCCCAGGUCUCCACAUUCAUCGACAACUACUCCCACAUCUGUGUAGACGUCGGCGUCAAGGAUACGGGUGUUAUUCGCGUCGCGACUCGGUUCAACAGUUUUCGCGCCAUCAUGGUUGCUGCAGACAGCAUGCAGGAUCUCAUUUCGUCUUACACGUCUAUCGUCGGAAAGCCUCGACUGAAGCCCCGAUACGUUCUUGGCUACCAUCAAGCAUGCUAUGGCUACGACAGCCAAGAAUCUGUUCUGGAGUCAGUCGCCGAGUAUCGCAAGUGCGGCUUCCCAAUUGACGGUAUGCACAUCGACGUCGACAUGCAGGAUGAUUACCGGACAUUCACCAUCGACAAGCGAGACAAACAUUUCCCUGACCCCGUCCACAUGUUCAAGACUCUGAGAGAGCAGGGUGUUAAAUGCAGCACCAACAUCACUCCCUACAUCAGCUCUAUGCCCAGCGAUACCUAUUCAACCCUUAACGAGGGUUUGAAAGAGGGCCACUUCAUCAAAGAUGAUCGCGACGUUGAUCCGUCAGCUCCAAACGUAUGGGAACAGCGCUAUGUGGGAUGGUCUGUCGGAAAUCAGAUGCUCAUCAACCCCAACACGCAGAAGCCACCUUACUUUGAAGAGGACAAGUCAAACUUUGAAGACAACUUCAACAGUCAGAAGCCCUUCCAUGGUGGUGUGUUUUAUGGUUGGGGAAAUGGCCAUCCUGGUCACUAUCCCAACCUGAACAACCAAGAUGUUCGAAAGUGGUGGGGCAAACAGUAUCAGUACCUGUUUGAUCUUCCAUUCCGCCUCAACCUCGACUCUGAUGGCUGGUGUCAAGACCCUACGAAGCUCAGCCGCAAAAAGGCAAUCGAGAUUUGGUCUCUGUACAGCUACAACCUGCACAAAGCGACGUAUCACGGCUUGAACAACAUCCACAAACUCAGUCCAAUUCUGGAAUGGCGUGAGAACAGACGGAACUUCAUCAUUGGUCGUGGAAGCUUCGUCGGCAGUCAUCGUUUCGCUGGUCUAUGGACAGGCGAUAACGCGUCUACUUGGGAAUUUCUUGACAUCUCUGUCGCGCAGGUUCUUGCUCUUGGUAUGUCGGGUAUCACCAUCUCGGGCCAGGAUGUUGGUGGAUUCGAGUUCAUUGAUUCUGAGCGCGACUUUGCAAACCCAGAACUGCUUAUCCGCUGGUACUCUGCCUACUCUCUACUACCGUGGUUCAGAAACCACUACACCAAGAGACGAGACUGGGUUGACGGCCCGAGGCAGGGUUCAAUGAGGAAAGAUGGAAAGUUGUUUCAAGAACCUUAUGCUUAUCAGAAAUAUUAUGAGGAGAACAGCUGGAAGUUCCAGGGACAGGAAGCCGUUAUCUACCGCGCAGUCCUUCCAGUCUGUCGCUACCUCAUUCGUCUGCGGUACAGUUUGAUGCAGUUGUUGUACGAUGCUAUGUUUGAGAACAUGGUCACUGGACUGCCAAUCGCGAGAGCCAUGGUUAUCACUGACGAUAUUGACCGAAGUCUUUUCAGUGCUGACAACCAAGGAUUUACUCGCAGCCAGUACAUGGUCCGAAAUGACCUCCUUGUCGCACCAGCCUUGAUCCCCGAGUCCAAGCGUCGCACCCGCAAACUGUACCUACCGUAUCCUGACAAGUGGUUCACCAUGAACUUGCGACCAGACGAGGACCUCGGAGCUGCACUGAUUGAACCUGCCAAUGGUGGAAGCAGGGUUGAGUAUGAUUGCCGCAUCAGCGACCAGGAUUCUCAGCUACCCUACAUAACACCGAUGUAUAUCCGGGAGGGUGGCAUCAUUCCCAAGAUCAAAGUCCGAGACUACAUCCCCGAUCCUUCCCUGCCAGUGCAGGAUGUCAAUCCAAUUACCCUGCACGUUUACCCCGGAAAGGACAACAACUACAUCAUGUACCUGGAUGAUGGUAUCUCGCGAGACAGUGCUCCUGUUGUGGGAUCGGGUCUCAAUAUCAGCGAUGAAAAGGCUGCCGACAAAUACUGCCAAGUUAACAUUUCUCAGACAACUAAAUCCUUCAACGAAUCAACUGGGGUCAACUUCAUCCGCAACGUCACCAUCAAGUCUCCGUUCAACGGCUUCGGUGAUCUGACCUCCAUGAUCGGAACCGAGUACACAGUUGCGCUUUGGCAUGCGCCUUUGGUCGACAUUACCACUGUGCAGGUCAACUCGUCUAACAGCAAGGUCACUUCCAGUACUGAUAACAACUCGCGCGUUACAGUUGUCAAGCUUCCUGUUGCUGAAGCGCAUACAGAGGAUGGUGUGACGUUUCAAAUGACCUACAAUGAGGCCAAGUAG